AUGCUUGUAUUAAAUACGCUUAGCCCAUCUGUUAAAUUCGGCCUUCAUUUUGCUGGUAUUUGGUCUGGAACACCAUUUCCAUAUUUACAUAAGUUAGGUUGGCUGGCAUUGAUGGCUGUAUUUCAAAGUUAUCAGUAUAGAUAUAUCGUAAUGCAUUAUAAAUCUGAUAAUCUCAUGAGUAUAAUAGAUAAUUUAAGCAUAACUAUGCCGUUCAGUCUGUUUAUCAAAUUAAUUGUUACUUGGGUGAAUUAUGGCAUAUUUUGUGAUAUUUUAUCAACUAUGGAAAAGAAUUGCCAAAAAUAUGCUGUUAUAGACAUAAAUAACUUAAUAUCGAAAACGGAACAAAUCUCUUUUUAUAUGACAACUAUUGUCAUGUCUUCAUAUUUAGUGUCUGCUGCCUUUUAUAUUACCGGUACUUUAGCAAUUCAAAAAACUAAUGGUUCAAUAUCUCGAGAACUUCUUUUCAAAAUGGAUUUGCCUUUUGAAACCAAUGAAUUUCCAAAUUAUGAAUUUGUAGUAACUUCGCAACUUCUUAUUCAUGUAUCAGCAGUUCUUACGUUUGGAACAUUCAGUGCUCUGCUUUUAAUGGUGGUUCUUCAUAUAGGAUAUCAAAUUGAUAUUCUGUGUCAAAAUUUAUUAGAUAUUCCUCAUAUAUGUGCAAGUCAUUUAAAAUUUUUCAUUAUCAGACAUCAAGAAAUCAUUAUUUUUGCAGAAAGAAUUGAAAAACUGUUUACAUAUAUAGCACUUAGUCAACUUGUAUCAAAUACUUUAAUUACUUGCUGUGUAGGAUUCCUUAUUGUAAUUACAAUACACGAGGAUAAUGGUUUUCUAUUAUUACUCAAAUCUGUUUUAUUUUAUAUGGUAAUUUGUUUAGAAGGAUUUAUAUAUUGUUUUGCUGGUGAAUAUCUUCGUAUUAAGGUUUUUAAAUAA